AUGUUCUGCCAAAGCCUCUUCCUGCGCACAAGCACGCGUCGCCUCGCAUUCCCACCACGUAACCCAACCGCACUCGGCCGCCGCCGCCAGUAUGCCACAGACGCCAGUACUCCACCGCCGCCGCCGCCGCCGUCUCAAUCGCGCAUCGAGCGCUUCAACAAGCGGCUCCCCAAGUUCCUGCACAAGUACACCAAGGCGCUGGGCAACGCGCCCGUCACACACGUCACCUCGUUCCUCGUCCUGCACGAACUGACGGCCGUGAUGCCGCUGCUCGGGCUCGCGGCCACCUUCCACUACACGCAGUGGGUCCCUGCGGCGCUGACAGAGGGCGCGUGGCUCGCGGCGGGCAUCCAGCGGUUCUCGCGGUAUUUCCAGCGCAAAGGCUGGAUCCGCAGCGAGGACGCCGACGAGGCACAGGCGGCGGCGCACGCUCAAGGCAAAGAGACGGGGCGCGCGGGCCAAAGUCGAGGUGUUCGGCUUGUCGUCGAGUUCGCGGCCGCGUAUGCUAUCGUCAAGAUGCUGCUUGUGCCGCGCAUUGUGUUUAGCGUGUGGGCGACACCCGCGUUUGCCAGGUGGACUGUCGCCCCUGUUAUGAGAUGGGAGACUUGUGCAGCUCAUGAAUGGGCAUCGUGUGUAGGCGCCUGGGCCUUUUAUCCAGUUCAAUGUGAAACGCACAGGCCGUUGGCGAUUGAGGACAGAUGGCGUGGUGAAGGACAGGUGAAGCUCCGUCUACUUUUCUUUCUUGCCUCGGAUCAAAUCGCCACCAUGUGCUUCACCGACGACGAAUACAAGUACGAAUCUAGAGUCGAGCUGCGCAACGGCCAGCGCUACUACACUGCAGACUACCAUCCGCGCUAUGGCAUGUCUCGUCGCCGUAGAUACGGUCUCGGCGGUGCGUACUACCCGUCGCGGUAUUAUGCCCAGCCGCCUGCUGGCCGCUACUCUCACCAUGGCACUGUGUAUCCGCGAGGCGUCCUGGCGGGGGGCUUCUCUGGAUACGCAUAUGGCACGGGCUACCACACUGGAGCACGCAGUCUUGUGCCGGUUAGUUCCGCAAUGUCAUCAUCAACUCGUUUCUUCGCUCCAAGUACUCGGCGCCUACCCACCGGAGCAAUGGAAGCGUACCCAAAACCUCGUCACCAGUACAUCUACACUCCGCGCCACGGCCAACGCGGUAUCCUCAGCUACGCCGGCCAAGCUCCCAAUGGCGCCGCACCCACUGGCGUCAUGGGAGCCGGCUAUGGCUACGGCGUUGGAUACCCAGGUGUCGGCGUCGGGUACGCAGCGAGCGCCUACCAACCCGUGGUAUACAACACCCGUCCCCUUGUCCCCCAGGCGGUCGUGCCCAGCUACUCCUAUCCCCUGCAUAGCGGUGGCUAUGGCUACUACAACUACAACUUGUAUGGCACGCUGUACCCGCUUGCUAACUUCUACCACCCCUACCAGCGCACCUACUACAACACGGUGCCCACGUACGGCUACACGACACACGUCUACCCGCCUGCCACUACAACCACGACAACCACGUACCAUGUGACCAACAGCCAGGCCCCCGCGUACACCACCUCUCCUGCUGCACGCGUCGUCCGGGAAACCAGGCCCGCCUACGUCCACGGCCAUUCCCCCCGCGUUGCCCCCACACGCGAAGACAUUCAGCUCGAGAACAGGCGCAUCGCCACGGCACGCGGCGCCUAUGAUGCCCGCAAGAUUCGCCCGGCUGAUGCCCGCGACGACGACCCGUUUUGGUGCCGCGAGGUCAAUGGCGAGUGGCACCUGCGCUCGUACUAUCAGAUUGAGAAUGAGUGUCAUCCUGGUCGCUGGAUGAUGGAUGCUGAGAUUGGGUUUUUGGUGUUUCAUCGUGCGUAA